GUAUCCUGGUAACGGGCGGUAGGUUUGAAUCAGAGUGACAGGGCACUUAGCAGGAAGAUGUCACUUGAGGGAAUCAUCCGAGAGGCUCUCACACAGUUUGUACAGUCACAUCUACCUGAUGCCGACCUGAGCACCUUGGACGAGGUUUUCUUCUCCUAUAUUACUGGCGUUCUAGAAGAGCUUGGGUCUGCUGGCUCAUCAGAAGAAGACUUUGAGAUGGAUUCUUUUGUGGAAAUGUUAGAGGCCUAUAUCCCAGGAUUUGCUGAAAUCAGCAGUGCUGAGGUUUAUGAAAUGAUGUUCGUAUUAUCAGGAGAGUUAAGCAAAGCUCGUAACAUUUCUUCUAAUUCUGCUGACAAAACCUCUGUUGGGCCAGCUGACCUUUGCAGCAGGGACCCCGGUGAGAACGUAUUGCAGACAACCUGUGGAGGGGCCGUUGCACAAGUAACUCAAGAAGAUGAAGCAAAUGGAAAAGUAAUCGCAUGUGAAGACAAUCUGCAAAACGGCAUCGACCUACUCUUGGAAAUGUUCCCAUCAUGCAGUGUGAGCCAAGCAGAGAAGGUUCUGUCUAUGGCCAAAGGAGAUUUGGAAGAUGCUGUGCAACUUCUUAUAGAGAAAAAGGUUAAGAUUGACAGUCAGUCUGCACCGAAGGGAUUAGAGAAAAAAGAAGAGUUGAAAGAUUUCAUUUUACACAAGUAUAUGAUGGUUGACAAUGAAGAUGAUAAAAGAACACACAGACCUGCGACACCAAAGGAGGCACCAAAGAAAUUAAUUCGAUACAUUGACAAUCAAGUGGUCAGCACUAAAGGAGAGCGAUACAAAGAUAUUAAGAAACCAGAAAGCGAGGAGAUGAAAAAAACCUACAUAAACCUGAAGCCAGCGCGGAAGUACAAAUUCCACUGAGAAUGCGUCAGAUGAGACCCCGUAGCUGAAGCUUGUGCAGCGGAUACCUGGCCAUGCCUGAUCUUGCAUGCUGUGUUGUCACGGGGUUAACUCUUUAGAUGUAGCCCCUCGUGACCGGGAGUAAUCAAUUGAUCACACAAUCAGGUUUAUCUUGUGCAUCAGUCACCUGCAGCUGUUUGCACUUUCAUUGCUAUUCAGCUCAUAUCGAUGUUCCUUUGCACUAUCCCUACGGUUCUGAGAAACCAUCCAAUUGCUCUUUAUUUGUUUUUCUUUGAAUUUAUGGCAGCUCAGCAGUAAAUGAGAAUUGUUCCUAAGUUAAACGUGCAUAGCCGCGCACCUCUAGUUUUAGCGUUUGUUCAUGUCACGUUAUGUUUGAUUUCUUAAAGGGACAUGAAAGCCCACAUUAAACGUUCAUGGUUCAGAUAGAGCAUGUGAUUUUAAGAGACUUUUCGGUUCUAUUGUUAAAUUUACUUUAUUUUGAUAUCCUUUGUUGAAAAGCAUACCUAGGUAGGCUCUUGAGCAGCAAUGUACUACUGGUGGCUACACAUAUAUGCCUCUAGUCAUUGGUUUACCAGAUGUUGCUCAGCUAGGUCCCAGUAGUGCAUCACUGCUCUGGAGCUGCCCUUAAAGGGAUAUUAAACAGUAUGAAAUUGUUUAUUUAUAUGUAUAAUAUACUAUUAUUAUCAUUUAUCAGUGUUCUCCAUAGAACAUAGUGCCAGCCGACUGGCAUUAUGAAAUAGUAUGACAAUGCAAUAGCGCUUACUUUGAGAAUAUUUUCUUGCAAAUUUCAAAGUUAAAGGGACAUUAAACCCAAAACUUUUUCUUUCAUGAUUAAGAAAGAGCAUGCAAUUGUUAAACAACUUUCUGAUUUACUUCUCUUAUCUAAUUUGCUUCAUUCUCUUGAUAUUCUUUGCUGAAAAGCAUAUCUAGAUAGUCUCAGAAGCUGCUGAUUGGUGGCUGUACAGAGAUGCCUUGUGUGAUUGGCUCACCCAUGUGCAUUGCUAUUUCUUAAACAAAGGAUAUCUUCUAAAGAAUGAAGCAAAUUAGAUAAUAGAAGUAAAUUGGUAUGUUGUUUAACAUUGUAUUCUUUAUCUAAAUAAUGAAAGAAAAAAUGGGUUUAAUGUCACUUUAAUUCAAUUUGCCUUCCUCCUGUAUCAUGUGACAGCCAUCAGCCAAUCAGAAAAUGUAUAUACUCUGUGCACUUUUGCACAUGCUCAGUAGGAGCUGGUACCUGAAAGUUUUGCAUAUAAAAAGAUUGUGCAUUAAUGGAAGUAUAUUGGAAUUGGAGAGGUUUUUUAUAUUGCUGCUUUAUCUGAAUCAUGAAACUUUAAUUUUGACUUUAGUGUCCCUUUAAGGCUGAAUAAAUGUAAAGAGUAAACUAUCAGGAAGUUUAUGAUUGUGUACAAAUGAGUCCAGGGGCUGAUACAGACAUCUCGCACAUAAAAACGUUGUUUUAUUCAGCACGGAAAUAUUUAUAUAUUUUUUUUUAAAACAAAGAACUGUUAUUUAUUUGAACAGUAAGAACAAGGUGUAGUGGCUAGAACAAGUUUGUGUGUUCUAGAUGAACGUGUAGCUUUUUAUACUUUGUUUUGCUUUUUUAAAGGGACAUUAAACCCAUUUUUGUUUUUGUGUGUAAAGUUUGUGCUUUGUCCCACACUCCCUAAAGCGUAAAAACUGCAAAUUGCCUGAACCAGCUGUCUGAUGUGCAGGGUACAGGAUUUGCUUUUUGUGUCUGAAAAAUAAAACGCUGCAUAUUGCUAGUGAGCACCUCUAGGGAUAAAACUAUUAGUUGAGUUAGCGUUUUGAACUGAUGAUAUCCUAUGCCUGUAACGUGCUCAGUUAAACUCUUGGUAUUACUGUAACGUGUUGCCAGACUGUUGGUUCUUGUAUAAUUAUAUCUAACCUUUGUAGGACUGGAAUUAGGGAUGCACCGAAAUUUCGGCCGCAGAAAGUUUCGGCGAAAAUAGCAUUUUUUGUUGUUUCGGGUUUUUUCUUCCUUUUAUUUUCGGCAAAAUUAUUGUGUAGCAUAAUUUAAAUUUGAUGCCAGCCUAGAGCUGCUGUUUGAGUUCAUUACUUGACUUACUGUUUUGCAUAUAAUAAUAGUUUUCUAGGACUAUACUUUAUUUUGAUAAUUGGUAACAAAACAAAAACGGUUAAAUCUGAUUCUGUUACACAGAACUAAAUAAAGAAUUAUACUAGCGAUGCACCAAAAUUUGGGCCACCGAAAAUGUGCAAUUCCAAUUUUGGCCCAAAGAGGACCAAUAUGGCUAAAAAUGUACAGUCCUCCCCUGUUCUAGUGAGUUACAUGUCUAUCCUUAGCAUAAGGUGAGCAGCACAGCACUGGCAUGGUACACAGAGCACACACAUAAGUACCAUUACAUGAUGAUAUUUGAAACCAGGAGAGAAGGAAACCAAAGUUCUGAAUAGUGAAUACAAAUAUCUAAGGAGGAUAAGUAACAUGUUUAUAAACACUUGAUAUUAUCAGACACAGCCCUAAGCACACACAGUGAAUAUCUUUAAGCCUUAUAUACAGUGCUCAUACAUCAGCCUCUUGUGCAUAGACAUUCUAUUCGCCUGAGGCAAAUAUGCGUGCACACUUUAUAAGCAUAAGCCCCAAGCUUGCACACAGUUGGUACAAAUUAGCACCCACCAGACAGUGUAUACAACAAAGCACAGUAACUUUCUAUAACCACCUUGCACGUAAGGUUGUAGCCAAGUCCAGUGGUCCUGGUGAUAGGUGACAGGCAGACUCCAUUUGGGGCUCCGGACAUAUAAUCUGACGGGUCAGUGUGAGACCCAAACCAGGAACUAGGCGGAGAUACAAUGAGAGACGAUCAGGUGCAGCCACGCACAUCACACGGAUAACUACACCCAAAAACAAAACACAUGUCCACCUUGUAUUGUUGUCUGGCUAUAACCACGCUCUCCCUUUAUAGAGCUCCAGUUUCACUGCAGAUCACGCCCUACUGUACAAGUGACCAUGUCCAUGCUCUCUCAGCUACACACACACACACUGAAGUUAAAAAAGAAAAAAACAAUUUCGGUUUUCGGCCAGGAUCAUCCUGAAUUUUCGGUAUCGGUUUCGGUCCAGAAUUUUCAUUUCGGUGCAUCCCUAACUGGAAUCCAUUAAAUGGUGUGUGUUUAUUUAUCCAAAUUACUAAAUUAGCUUAUCCUUAAAUGCUGUUAUGACUAUUUAGACAUUUGGUUACGUUAUUAUUUAAUUUGUACUUUAUCUUUACUACUUGGGUUUUGUCAUUUGACAUGUUAAUACUGAGCUGGCACAGUAAUGUCCCCAACCCUAGAGCAAAGUCUUGAGGUUUCCUUUUUUAACGUUGUAUAAUAAUAAAUCACACAGGCAACAAAGCUAAAGGAUUGUGUAUAAUUUUAUUGUAUGUUUGCAGUAAUGAAUUUUGUCACAUUUUACUUCCCAAUAAAACUUUUUUUAUUAGUUUUA